UAGGGUUUUGUGGUCGCUAUAAAACGAAUUCUAGUCUGCGGCCGCUCUCUCCCGGCACCAAUCCUUUCGAGGCCAAAGAGGGAGUGGAUUGGGAUUCCCUUCCCCGCCGCCUCUUCCUCUCUGUCGAAAUGGCUACUGUUCCCGGACCACUUAUCUGGGAGAUUGUGAAGAGAAACAAUGCUUUUCUUGUUAAGCAGUUUGGUAAUGGCAAUGCCAUGGUGCAGUUUAGCAAAGAGCCGAACAAUCUCUACAAUGUGAAUUCCUACAAGCACUCCGGGUUGGCGAACAAGAAGACUGUGGCCAUUCAGCCAGGAGGGAAGGACCUCUCUGUGGUUCUUGCAACCAGUAAGACAAAGAAGCAGAACAAACCUGGUAAUCUGUACAACAGGUCGGUUAUGAAGAAAGAGUUCCGGAAGAUGGCAAAGGCAGUCAAGAACCAGGUGACCGACAACUACUACAGGCCUGAUUUGACCAAAGCAGCUCUUGCAAGGCUCAGUGCUGUACAUCGCAGCCUCAAGGUUGCCAAGUCUGGAGUGAAGAAGAGGAACCGGCAGGCUGUUCAAGUAAAAUACUAGGUUUCUGGAUGGUGUUCCAGCUGGCCUGAUUGGCUGUUCUUCAACUAUUUCUUUUUCUUCAAAGUUUAGUUGAAGGCUUCUCAAGUAGAAUCAUGAAACUAUUUCCCUCAUUUUCUUUUUUCCGUUUUACCUUUAAGUUUUCUGGGAGAUUAGUUUAAUUUGAGAUGCUUUAUUUGCUUUGGCCGGUUAUGAGUUUGAAACAAUGUGAUGGUUUAGAUGAUUUUAAGCCCUUCACAUUUUUAUAGACAUCCACCUAAUUAUUAGGUACAUCUAUUUAACAUGAAGAUAUGGAGUGGAAUGUUAUGCUUUGCAUUCACUAUAUCAUAUUGUCAAAGUGUCUCUGCCUUUUUCUCUGUGAAGGGUAUGAGCAACUAUUAAAUUGAAUAUAGCACUUGGAUUUCUAGCA